UUAUAAACGAAACAAUUUUUUGGUUUCUAUCUAAUGUUUUCAAACAGAACUUACAAUUGGUCAACCAAAUGAAGAAGGUAAUCUAAUCAGAGGCCUUCCAACCUAUCAAAGUACAACUAACUAUUAUGGAUAUCUUGCAAAUGACGCAGAAAUUAUAAACGGACAUGUUAAUGGUCAUUACAAGUGUAGUUAUACAUAUAGCAAUACAAAUGAAAGGAAUUGGUGGAUGGUUGAUUUAAAAAAUAUUUACAAAAUAAUUUCUGUAUGCCUAUUAAAUAGAGGAGAUCAUCAGUUUUAUACAUUAUUGAAAAAUUUUGAUAUUUUAUUGAAACAAUAUCCAUUCGAUGAUGAUGAAAACGAUAAACUCUGUGGUAGUUGGGGAAGUACACCUGUUAAGAAAAGUGUAAAUUUUCUAAGUGAUUAUGAAUGUUUAAAUUGUUCAUCUAAUGCUAUUGGAUCUUUCCUACAAAUACGAGCUCAAUUUUUGAACACAUUUGUUGGAAUGUGCGAUGUUAAAGUUUAUGGCGAACUCGUUGAAAAGAGAGAUUUUCAAAUCAUCAGUUUGUCCCAUUCAGAAAAUUUUGACAAAACAUUUUCACUAACAAAACUCAGAGAUGAAAAAUAUGAAACAAUAUUUUCAAUGGAGAGAGAAAAUGAUGUUUUCUUCAGGCUGGAUUUUAUGGAAAACAUUCGUGUAUAUGGGGUUAUUAUAACCUGUAGAAGAGGUAUGACCCAAUGA